AUGGGAGCAUCAUCACUCUUCCACAAGAGAUCCAAGGGCAGCAUGUCGAGGAAGGCUUCGAUAUCAGAGGAGCAGCCUAUCACUAAGCACUCCAGAAGCAUGAGUACUUCGAGCACAAUCUCGUCAACAUCAUCAACGGCGUCACGACACUGCUAUGACCCUCUAUCACUACACCCACCACUUUCUAUCAACACAUCUCCGAUGAUUCCGGAGUUGGACGAGGAUGGGUGUGGGAAUUUUGGACAACGCCGCCCCAGCUACUGGGAACCCGAGUCUCCACGGAGCUCAACUUCAACAGGCAGCCCUUAUAUCAACCAUGACAGACGGAGAAACACCUACGUCUAUGACCAGCACCUGCAAUGGCCCCUCAAGGACUGGCAGGCCGUGCCACCGGGCCUGGCCGAUAUGAACGAGGAUGAGAUCAGAGCCUACACAGCGCCUCGCUCCAUGUCGACGUCAUCAGCAACCAGUCAAAGAAGACCACGCAAAGAAGGAUCGGCUGCACUCUCGCGGGGUGAAUGGAAGCGGAGGGGUAUCGUCUUCCAACUCGACUCCGAAGGCGAGGAUGAGCAGACGCGACACUUCGAAGUCAAUCCAUUUGAGUUUAGUCGAUGA